UAUAGUAACUUGAUCAGUGAAGACGGGUUUCCCGCGUUGGACAGACGCUGAGGUCAUAUUAUGUCAAAAUGACAAUAUAGUUAACUAAAAUCGCGUUUUGGUUUUGUUUCAGUUAGUGAUGCGUUGAACCCUUGUUAAAUUCAUUGUGAUAAUGUUAAAUCUUUACUUUGUCCUCAUAUUUUGCGCUAUAUCAGCAGCCUCAUGUUUGACGGUGAAUGUAGCAGAAUCAUCAUGCAGUUCCAGCUACUCCGAGUUCCAAUGCAGCGAUGGCCGGUGCAUCAACGUCACCUCCACCUGUGAUGGCACUGACGACUGUCAAGAUGGCAGCGAUGAGUCCAAAUGUGACUCUGUUAAUGAAUCUACAUUGGAAAGUAACUCGGUGUCACUAUGGUCGGAUAACCAGUCACCUUGUGGCAAAAAUGAAUGGCAGUGCAAAAAUGGACUCUGCAUCAACAUUAAAGGCAAAUGCGACGGUAUCAGGGACUGCCCCGACGCUAGCGACGAGACGGUAGAGCUGUGCAGCGGGAACCAAUGCCCACCCAACGCGUACAGAUGCUACUACGGCGCAUGCGUAGAUCGCUCGGCUCUCUGCAGCGGCGUGAAAGACUGUGCUGAUGAUGACGAAGCUUCAACUAGAUGCAAUAACAAGACCCAAGCGUUUUCGACCCGGGACAAGCGUGAAGUUUUUAGGCGAUGGAAAAGACAAGCGGGAUGCAGCAAAAACCAGUGGCAGUGCCGCGACGGGACGUGCAUCGCUUUCUACGGAAAAUGCGACGGGAUCCGCGACUGUCCAGACGGCAGCGAUGAGACCUUCCCUUUGUGCAGAAACAGCAUCUGCCAAUCCAACUGGUUCCGCUGCACUUACGGCGCAUGCGUGGAUGGUACAGCACCCUGCAACGGACUCCAGGAGUGCGUUGACAAUUCUGAUGAGCUCCUGCCCAGGUGCCGCAACGAGUCUGCUGUUAGCGCGGGCAAAUUCCGCUGUGACAACGGGCAGCAGAUAGCAGCGUAUCUUCUCUGUGACGGCGUGAGAGACUGCGGCGACGGGUCUGACGAGACGGUGCGCGCAUGCGCUGGAAACAUCUGCAGCGCGCAUCUGUUUCAGUGCGCGUAUGGCGCUUGCGUCGACUCGGGCGCGGACUGCAAUGGGAAACAAGAAUGUGCGGAUGGUUCCGAUGAAUCGGACGAGUUGUGCAACAGGAUACUGCCAGUAAAACCCACUCCCGCACCAGGUGGCGCCUGUGUACUACCACCAUACCCGGAUCACGGCAGUUACACUGUCGUUGGCAAACCAACCGCGGUUCCUGGUCAAGCCUUCCCUACCAUAACUUACAACGUCACGUGUUAUCCUGGCUAUAGUAUCAUCGGUGACACAACAGAAAGGCUUUGUUUGGAAGGCGUCUGGUCACCUGAAGUAGGAGAUUGCGUUCAGUUCUGCAGACUCAACAAAGACCAGAGCGUGACGUACCGCUGUCUGCUGACUGGCGAUUCUGAAGGUUUCAGGCCUUGCGGCGAGUAUGAGCCGGCCGGGACGGUCAUCCGGGUGGACUGCCGGACACCAGAUUACUACUACAACGGGAACCUACCGUAUAUGCGCUGCAUAGCGGGCAGUUGGGACUACACGGCUCGCUGCCUCCCAGAAUGCGGCGUGGUGGCCAUUGGAGACGGUCUUAUUUCCGGCGGCGCGGCGGCGGAGAAGGCCGAGUUGCCGUGGCACGCCGGAAUUUACAGGACGACCUCGACGCCGUACAGGCAGAUCUGCGGCGGGUCUCUGGUCAGCGCUAAAGUUGUCAUUUCGGCCGCCCAUUGCUUCUGGAACAACACCAUCGUCAAGGCGCAGCCUGCAAGCAACUACGCUGUGGCGCUGGGCAAGCUGUACCGGCCGUGGUUGCUGGAAGAAGAUAAGAGAGUACAGAAGUCUCAUGUUGCGGACAUAAAAAUGCCUCCUCACUUUCUUGGUGGAGCCACCAACUAUCAGGACGACAUCGCUAUACUCUUAUUAGAAACUACAAUAAUCUACUCUAAUUUAGUUCGGCCGGUGUGCGUCGAUUUCGGCGUGCUGUUUGAGAAGCGACAGCUGAAAGAACAGAGCUUGGGAAAGGUGGCUGGCUGGGGCUUAACCGGCGCCGAUGAACUAGAGUCUCCAUUCCUCAAGGUGGUGCACCUGCCCUACAUCUCCAUCAGUGAGUGCCAAUCGAAGGCCCCUCCAGACUUCAGGGCGUAUAUCACUGGAGACAAAAUCUGCGCUGGUUAUGAAAAUGGGACGUCGUUAUGCAAAGGGGACAGCGGCGGCGGGCUCGCCUUCCCUGAUUCCGAUAAGGGGACGAUCCGGUACUACCUUAGAGGAAUCGUCUCCACCGCUCCCGAUGACGACCACCUGUGCAAUGUUAACUGGCUCACCACCUUCACACAGAUCUCGCGCCAUGAGAAUUUUAUCAAAGAAUACAUUUAGGUUAACGCCAGUUUUCUUUAUCCACGUUGCCGCCAAAGC